AUGAAGUCAAUCACAAAUUCUGGCAGUUGGAAUUCGGAGGUGUUGCUGGGGUUAAUCAUUUUUUUGGCAGUAAUAAUAGGUGUUGUGCAUGCGAUAGGUUCAAAGGCCAAACAACCAUUCAAUGAAGGUUAUGAAAAAUUAGUACUGCCAAUCCUUACUCGAUUAAGUUCAUCAAGCUCAUGUGGAAAGGAUGAAAAUUCACAGGAAUGGAUAUGGCUAUCGAAAGCACAAAUUGAUAGUGCCAGUAUGAACAGCAGGUAUUCACAGAAAUCAACUAUGGAUGUUGCUGAUAACGUAUCAAAUGUAAGUACUGGCAGUAUCCAGCGUAGCAUAUCAUAUCGUGGGUCGGAAAUCAGUGUUUUUAUAUCACCACAACCUGCUGUGGCUAUCAAUUUUGAUUCAUUGGGAAGACACACAAUGAGUUGGCGUGAUAGAUCGAAACCCAACUUAACAAGAAAUGCGAUUGUUGAUAGCAGUUCUUCAGAACAUAAUCUUUCUAGUUAUACGCAUUCAUAUGUAAAUUCGAAUGGGUAUAGUUUUAUUCCUGUCGUCCUUGAUGGCAACGAAAAUAGUCCGUGGAGCAGAGAAGAAACCAUUGCAUCAAAACCCAAACAGGUGUGCUGGCAACAUAUCGACCGUGAUUUUAGCUUUGAUUCCAUGCCUGAUAUGGAUGGAGUCCGAGAAACAGUCACCUAA